UGUACAAAUGCAGGGAGGUCGCACUCUACAUUUUAAUUGAAGACGACUAGAUAUCCAUUACCAAGUAAACGCUGCCUACAUUUACGCAAAUUUUCUCUCACACUCCUCUUACAAAAAGGCCUAGACAUCUGAGACCCAGAUCAUCACAUUUACUAGGCCAUUUCUAUUCAUUACAGAGUCUAUUCAUCCAAGAGGUACUCUGCUUUUUAACAAGGAUUUAUAGUAGAAGAAAGAGAUGAGCCACCACCAUAACCAUCACCACCACCAUGGCCACCAAGAAGGGGGCUACCCAUAUGCCCCAGGCUAUCAAGAAGGGUCCUUCCCAUAUGCUCCUCCACCACCACAACCAGGGACUUAUCUUCAAGCUCCAGGGGCUUACCCAUAUGCUCCUCCUCCACCACCACAACCAGGGGCAUAUUCUCAAGUUCCGGGAGCUUAUUUCCCAGCACCUUACCCUUCAUCAGAGGGCCUGCAAUAUCAAUAUGCAGAGGAAGAGGCAAAGAAGCACAAGAACCGUGAGCAUAUGGCUGAGGUGGGAGCUUUAGCAGCAGGUGCCUUUGCCUUGUACGAAGGGCAUGAGGCGAAGGUCGAUCCAGAGCACGCAGGGAGACACAAAAUGGAGGCAGAAAUAGCUGGGGCAGCUGCCGUUGGGGCGGUGGGCUACGCUGUGUAUGAACACCAUGAGAGCAACAAGUAUGAGCCUCACCAUAAACACCAUGGUCAUCACCAUCAUCAUUGAAGACAUUAAAAAUGCACCCAUGUUGUUAAUAAUAAAAUUUUACGCGAUCUAUACAGUCGUGUGUAAAAAUAAGAUCACAGUUUUCAACGUUUUGUUCACGGGAAGCUUGGACUGAUAUGCCUAUCAUCCGUAUUCAAUGGAUCUGUGUUUUGUUUGAACUUGUGCUGUAGUUUAAUAAAUGAAAAUUUGACA